CCUCCUCCUCGCACCUUGAAACUCUAACCGAGAGAUGACCCUCCUCGCGAAAAAAGAAAAUUUCAUUUUCAUCCCCCCCCCCGAGUGUGUUCAAUGUUCAUCCUCUCUAUUGAAAAUCUUAUUUUCAAUGACCAAAAACUAGUGUUGAAUAUGGCCGUGCAUUCCAUCUUUUUACAAGAAAAACCGACGAUAAUUUAGUCAUUAAAAAAAAAUAUAUUCUCCAGUGAACAAAAUUGUUUAAUUAUCAAGAAAAAAAAAACCUCAAUUUUCAACAUAAUUCGAAUCAAAUGAAUUAUUGUCGCGAAGUGAACGAGAAUUGAAGGCGUAAAAAAGUGAAGGAAAAGGAGAGAAAAAAAAACAAAUUAAUCAUUGAGGGACUUGCCUUUUUUUCUGCUCUCGUCGCAAACAAGCCUAAUUGAAAAUUCACUUCCUUUGCGGUUGUGUGUGAAUUUUCUUUUCGUGUGGGGAAAAAAGAAAAAGUGUUUUUACGAAGAACAAUGUUUGAGAGGAUUUGUCGACGAAAGAGUUGAUGCAAUUUUCUAUUUGAAUCGCGGGGAUUAUAUUCGAGGCUGCUCGGGGAGGAGAGUGAUAAUUAUUGAAACGCCUAGGAUUUUGUUUUUUUUUAUAAUUUUUCUCGAUGAAAAUGAUCAUGUAUACGGUGGCUGAUGAUCACAUGGGUGAUAAUGAGAUCGCCCAGGUGAUCGCCUUCAUAUGCGGAGUGAUAGUGGUUCUGCUGAUGAUAAUGGGCCUGGCGUCGACUGAUUGGUUGAUGGCCUCAGGAUGGCGACAGGGACUCUUCGAGCACUGCAUCGAGGAAGGAGCUCAGACUCCGCUUCCGUUCAACAUUCAAGAUGCUCCCGGUUGCUAUCAAGCUCGAGACGUUGAAUAUAUCAGAGCCGCCGCGGCACUGUGUAUUGUUUGCAUUCUCGCCGACAUUGUGGCCACUGUUUUAACAGGAUUCGGUCUACGAACACAGGAUCAUCGCAGAAAACAUAAAUAUUACAGAUUCGCAGUAUUCUGCAUGGGAGUUGCCUUCUUGUCAUUGCUGAUUGCAUUGGUCAUUUAUCCCGUUUGCUUUGCAGCAGAAUUAAAUUACGGAAAUCGACCAAUAUGGGAAUUUGGUUGGGCCUACGGCGUUGGAUGGGGAGCGGCGAUUUUCCUCUUUGGCGGCGCUCUCUUAUUGCUCUGCGACAAGGAGAGCGAGGAAAUUUAUUACAAGGAGAGGAAAAUAGUUCGCGACGAUAUAACCGGCGGUGGUUCAAUGAUUGGCGUGGGUCAUCACGGCGGAAGAAGUGGGAUGCAACUUGCCUAGUGGCAUUGCUCCCUACCCGAUGUUGUUCUCUAGGAAAUGAAAAUUCAUUUCCCCGUUCCAUCCACACACAGUUUUGCUGUGCAAACAAAAAAACGGACAAAAAAACAACAACAAAAUGGUGAGAAAAAAUAAUAGAACACACGCGGGAAUACUGUUUAAAAACUGAUAAAAUUCACGGUAUGACUGUUUAUUGUAAUCGAUAAAAGUAUGAAUGAUUUUUUAUACGCGACAUCUUCCCUUUAUAUUUUUUUUUCAUUUUCCAAAAAUAAUUGAUCCAAAAUUAUAUUGGCAAGGUCAAAAUUUUACAAGAACUCUCCCCGUCUCUUUUCUUCCAAUUCUAUUUUUUCGAUUAUGAAAUUAAUUUUUAAUUUAAUUAAUCAAUUUAUAGAAAAUUGAAAAUAAGAUUUGCAUGUACUUUUUUUUUACACAACUUUUAAUGUUUAGUUAAUUUUUAUUUUUAUUUGUAUAUAGAUUGUAAAAAAAAAGAGUUCUUACUAGCUUACGAUUAAUUUAUUCUAUAUAUAAAUAUUUAUAUAUAUUUUCUAAUGACUGACAAUUUUUACAAGAAGAAAAAAAAACGUAUCUCGUAUUUUGAGAUUCUUAUUUGUAUUUGUUUACAAAAAAAAAAUGGAAAAAAAACACUGAUCUCCUGCGAAUUUUUUUCGUAUAUCGAAAGUGUUCAACUGUAUAGUCGAGCCAAAGACUGUUGAGUUCAAUAUAAAUACGAAAUUUGCUACCUUUAUACGAAAAAAAAAUUUAUAACAAAUUUUCGUUGAGGAAAAAAAGUCUUUUUCAAAGGGAAAAAAAAGUUUCUCUAUAAAGUUUCGAACGUUCAAAAUAAACGAAAUAGUUUUCAUCGAAAGAAAAGGUUUCAGAUUGAAAUUUCAAUUAAAAUAAAUAAACAAGUUUUUAAAUAUUUUCUUAAGAAUUAUUGAAUUUAAAUAUUUGGGAAUUUCUUAA